AUGGGCUAUUCCUCUACUUUUGGCUCGUCCUCCAUUGGCUUUGGAUCCCCCCUCAAGCUGCAGUCCUCUUUGUUUGUGACUUCGAGGCGACCGUCCAUACCACUCUCGCCUACUCUUCUCCCCUUGGUCUCCUUCUCUUCUCACCAGAAAAGUGUGGAAGGCAAGCCGAGCGUUGCUUGCACACCCGCACUUGUCCACCAGCUUCCCGUCGAAAUUUUGUGCGACAUCUUCACGUACUGUCACGCCAACGCCUCCGGCGAAGAAUGCGGGCCUAAAGUCACGAUAAGCCACGUAUGUCGACGGUGGAGGACCAUAGUCCUGUGCAUGCCCAUGCUCUGGACGCGUAUCUCCCUCAAGCAUAGCACCAAGGGCUCGAUAGAAAGGGUAGCGGCGUACCUUCGAAGAUCUGGGUCCUGUACCAUUUCGGUGUCGAUUCUCGCCCUUCAUCUAUCUGAAGACUCCGUCCCCAGUAAUCUAUGGGCGCUUCUGCACGAGCAUCUCAACCGACUAGACUCCCUGAAACUGGAACUCAGGGGUAGCUUGCGGAAGCCAGUAGAGCAUCUGGCUGGAUGCCAAUACCCACUGCUCAAGGACCUGGACUUGCGGUUGCAAUCAUGUCCGGGUGGCGAAGUGGACGCCCUUUUCAAGGCCUUCCAGGGUGCUCCCCUCUCGUCGCUUGUUUGGCGAGGGGAAGAGUCGAUCCCGAAGAAUGCACCAUGGUCAAUGUUGACGAAGGUCGUGAUCACUGGGUCUUAUACUUUGGGCGACAUAUCCACUCUACUCAGCCAAUGCCAUGCCGCCCAAGAAUUCUCCGUAGAUACCAUCUCCGGCGACGGUGUAGUCCCCGCUGCUAUCACAAGUCUGCCGUCACUCCGGACAUUGUCGGUAUAUACCUUUGUCAACAUCUCUCGGCUUCUCGAGAACUUGCAUCUUCCUGCCCUUGAUAAGGUCUCUAUCCACAACCUCUUACGACCCGGUGUCGGACGGGGAUGGCGUUCUUUGGAAAGCCUCUUGCGUCGCUCUGAAUGUACGUUGACCAAAAUGGUUGUAUGGGACAAGUCCCUCGACGAUGACCAAUUCAUACAACUGCUUCGCAUUCCUGGCCUGCAGAAGCUUUCCGACUUGCAAAUCCUCCACCCCUCUAUAUCCAACGACGUCUUGCGCGUUCUGUCUUCUGAUACGGCUGGAUCUUGUAUCUUACCUGAUCUUGCUGUCCUCAACCUCACAAGCUGUCAUUCGGACGACGGCGUACUCAAGCAGGUCCUGGCGCCGCGUUUCAAAACAGAAGCCAGUACAAAGCCGCUAGAUCGCUACACGCCUCAGGACAGCAUAUAG